AUGGCUCAUCGCUAUGAUAGUAAUCCCUUCGAUGAAGAAGAAGUCAAUCCCUUCUCUGAACCAGCUGUGAGGGGGAAAACAUCAAGCCAAUCAAGUUAUAGCGGGGGUGCAUUCUACACUGCAAAUCCUGGAAGUGUUGCCCCUUCCACAAAUUCAAGGCUAUCACCUCUUAAUCCUGAACCUGCUGAUUACAACUAUGGCUUUGGUGCAACAGUUGAUAUACCUCUUGAUCCAUCAACGGAUUUGAAAAAGAAGGAAAAGGAACUCCAAGCCAAGGAAGCUGAAUUGAGAAGAAGGGAACAGGAAGUCAGACGGAAAGAAGAAGCUGCUGCACAAGCUGGAAUUGUUCUCGAGGAGAAGAAUUGGCCGCCAUUUUUCCCUAUUAUCCAUCAUGAUAUUGCUAAUGAAAUUCCAAUUCAUCUUCAAAGAUUGCAAUAUGUCGCUUUUACUUCAUUGUUAGGAUUGGCAUUGUGCCUCACAUGGAAUAUUAUAGCUGUCACUGCAGCUUGGAUCAAGGGAGAAGGUGUGAAAAUAUGGUUUCUUGCUAUUAUCUACUUCAUAGCUGGAAUUCCUGGAGCAUAUGUCCUGUGGUAUCGCCCAUUAUACCGUGCUUUUAGGACCGAUAGUGCUUUGAACUUUGGAUGGUUUUUCUUGUUUUACCUGCUUCACCUAGGAUUCUGUAUCUUAGCUGCAGUUGCUCCUCCCAUAGUUUUCAAAGGAAAAUCCUUGACAGGCAUUCUGGCAGCCAUAGAUGUGGUGGGUAACCAUCCAGUGAUUGGAAUUUUGUACUUUGUUGGAUUUGGAUUGUUCUGCAUUGAAACAUUGAUCAGCAUCUGGGUUAUUCAGCAAGUAUACAUGUACUUCCGUGGCAGUGGUAAGGCUGCUGAGGUAAAGCGGGAGGCUGCAAGAGGUGCAAUAAGGGCUGCAAUAUGA